AUGAAACCUAGAACUGCUGAAGUGAUCUUCGACCAUGAGGAGAACCAGCCUUACAAUGAGGUUGUCAUUGAAAGUGGCAGAGUGGAAAACAAGAGGAUUUAUUGCGGCCUCCGGAGGGUGUCUGCAUGGUUUCUCGCUGGAGCCCUCAGGGCAAGGGAACUGGACAGCUCCCGGGUGGCCUUCGGCGCUGCCCGGGUCAGAGCCGACCAGCCGCGAGCCGCCCCAGCCAUGUGGAUCUGGGCCUUCGGGCCCUCCCGGACUCCGCCCAUCCUCUCCCACGGCGCGCCGGGCCUGUCCACCCCGCAGGAAGGCCUGGACGACGGCCCCGACUUCCUCUCGGAGGAGGACCGCGGACUUAAAGCAAUAAAUGUAGAUCUUCAAAGCGAUGCUGCUCUGCAGGUGGACAUUUCUGAUGCCCUUAGUGAGAGGGAUAAAGUAAAAUUUACUGUUCACACAAAGAGUUCACUGCCAAAUUUUAAACAAAAUGAGUUUUCUGUUGUUCGACAACAUGAGGAAUUUAUUUGGCUUCACGAUUCCUUCGUUGAAAAUGAAGAUUAUGCAGGUUACAUUAUCCCACCAGCACCACCAAGACCUGACUUUGAUGCUUCAAGGGAAAAACUACAGAAGCUUGGAGAAGGAGAGGGAUCGAUGACGAAGGAAGAAUUCACAAAGAUGAAACAGGAACUAGAAGCUGAGUAUUUGGCAAUAUUCAAGAAGACAGUUGCAAUGCAUGAAGUGUUCCUCUGUCGUGUGGCAGCACAUCCUAUUUUGAGAAAAGAUUUAAAUUUCCAUGUCUUCUUGGAAUAUAAUCAAGACGUGA